ACAAACCGAGUGGCUUUUUGGACCCUUGCGCAGCGCAUCCGCGGAUCUCUGGAAAGCCCUGGGGAGCCGUGCUCCCGCUUACACCACGGUCUGCUGCCCCCUGACCAGCCCACAGCCUGACCUGCACUCUGGAGCAUGUCUCUGCACGCCUGGGAUUGGGAGGAUGAGAACAACGAAAGCAUCCAGCCGGCCUCUUCCUUCCCUAGCUUCUACCGCUAUGAGGCUGAUGUGGACGACUAUCCGAGGGCGCCGGCGCAGGAGUGCGACUUUGACAACCGCUACGGCAGUGUCCACAGUGUCCACAGCGUCCUGUCCUUGGAUGCCAGCAUCUUCAACUCCGACGUGCCCCAGGUCGUCCCCUUCCAUUUCGUUAUCUCCCUGGCCCUCCCUGUGAGUGCAGAUCAUAAAGGAAAAUAUACAAGUAUUAUUGAUAAAUACAAGAAAUAUCCUAAACUGCCCAACCGUAUAGCGAAGCUUCGCCGUUUCUACCACAUUGAGUAUUUCUUCCUGCCAGAUGACGAAGAACCUAAAAAAGCUGAUGUGGUGGUGUUCCCGGGACUGGCCAAGGUGUCCCUGGAGUUGGGAAUAAAGACUGUGAAACCCUGGUGUGAAGACGACAAGCUCUGGGUAUCAUGGAGCCAAACUUUUAAUGUCAGUGUGACAAAGGAAUUGUUAAAGAAACUGAAUUUCCACAACAUCACCGUGAGGAUCUGGAACACCAAGGAUAAGAUUUCGAAAAAAAUCAGGUACUAUUAUCCGCUGAAGACCUGUUUGUCAGAUGACCUGUGCUCUUUCGAGGAAGUGAGACAUUUGGUUUUAAGUCAGCGAGAAUUGUGUGACAUAGGCUCUGAGAGAGCUAACAUUGUCAGGGAGGAGCGGAGUGAGGAGUCUGCCCCAGAAAAACAAGAAAAAGCGGACACAAGUGCAAAGUCUUUGCCAGAGCCUGAAGCUUCCUCCAAGAAUGGCGAGGAAUACGAAAAGUCACUCAAAACAGAUGAUCUUACCACAUCUCGGCAAAGUACUUCAAGAGCAGCAACUAUGUCUGGGAUAGGGACGGCCAUGAUGGAAAUCAAGGAAUUAAUUGACAGAACAUCAUUUAGCAGCUUAACAAACUUAGAAAGACCGAAGUCUCAAAUUAAAGCAAAAGAUUUAGAUAUCAGAAAGAAAAGCCACAGGAGAAUGAAGAAGCCUCCAGUCAUGGAGGACAGAGACACCAAGUCGUCGGGGUGCUGGAGGCAGACUGUCUUCUGCAUCCAGCUGGCCAUCACCCCACUCCUUGCAGGACAGCAGGUGGUCAUGAGCCGUGCCAAUGACAAGACUAUCGGCAUUUUAGAUUGCCUUUUGACCUUAAAAACAGAAGUUCCUAUCAUGACAGAGGAGCAAAAGCAGGACUUAAACCCCCUGACCAUAAAGAUCAAGUGCGCUUCCUGCCUGCCUUCACAGCCCGUGCCCAUUCGGGAGCUAGAGCGGCUGUGCACACCUGUGUACUGCAGGUACCAGUUCCAUACGACUCCGGUUCACCAGACCAGCGGGGAGCCCCACGGAACCCAUGUUUAUUUCCAUGACAUCAAUGUCAUCUUCCUCGGGGCCAUGCCCCCUGGUGAGCUGCGGGAGUACCUGGAGGGGCCCUCCAUGGUGGUGGAAGUUCACGACCGGGACCGGAAGUUCGAGGAGUCCUCGCAGAAGCCCAUCCUGUUUGGAGAGGACCCCCUGGAUUCCCACCUCAACCUCCAGGCCUUCAUCUCCCCUGCAGACACAGAGAACAACCCCUUUGAGUCCCACCAAAAGCUGUGGGACCCUUACGGAGUUGCCCGGGUCAGUUUUGCUGACCUCCUCCUUGGCCACAAGUACUUGAACUUGGUUGUCCCCAUCCACAACUGUGAGCCCAAGUGCACGGGCCAUGCCCAGGGCAGCAGGAGCAUGAGGCCUGAUGUCCUCCAGCACAGCCCGAUGCCCAUGGGCAACUACCUGGAGGCCGGCUCCCUGCUCAAGCUGCGCGCAGACAUCGCAGUGCCAAUGAGCCCCGCGGCCGGAGCCCCUCAACCAGACCUCGCGGAGUCCCAGUUCGGCCGCAUCAUUUUUGUGUUUGACUUCAAGAAGCUGUGCCUCCUCCACGGCCUGCUGCAGGAUAUCACCACAAUCAACGCCAAGGCCCUGGAGCUGGAAUCCUACCCAAUCCGCAACGUCCAGCAGAUCCUGUCGGCCUUCAAGAUGCGGGUGAAGGUGCAGGACCAGCCAUCCCUGGAUGUGCUCACCGGCUUCCAUGUGCUGGACGGCACGGUCCACCUCUUUGUCCUCGAGGGCUUGGCAGAGCAGGGCCUCAAGCAGCUGUGGAACAGCCACCAGAGCCGAAUCCCCAGGUCCCAGCGUGGGGAAUACAAGGUGCUGUACAACUCGCAGCUGCUGUUCCACCGCAGGCUCUACGCAGACCUGGAGACCAUCCUGUACCACGUGCACCUCUCCACGCCCGUGGCGCAGCUCAUGAGGCAGCAGGCGCUCUACGUGCGCAACGCGGUGCCGCCCACGGUUUUCCAGGCACUGACCAGGAUCCACGACAUCUGCCACACCAGCACCCGGCUCAGGGAGGUGAUCGUGAGAGACCUGCUGCCUUCCUCGGCCAUGCUCAAAGACCUGAACCAGCAGUUUGGGGUCCCCAUCUCACAAGAGGACCUCACGGAUGAAAAGCUGCUGGCCCUGCCACCGCAGCCCUCCCCCAACCUGGAAGACUUCCGGUUCCGGGCCUCCACCUUCACCUCCGAGAUCCUCAGCCACCAGGAGAAGUACCUGAAGUGGCGGGCCACCAUGCUAGAGAGGAGCCAGUCCCAGAAAGACAACCUGGUCCAGAGGAACAUCACAGCAGCCUAUGAGAGCAUCAGGAGGCCUCCUGAGUGUGUGACGAAGGUGCUGAGGAUUUCCCCUGCUGCCGGGCCCGUGCACAACUACAGCAUCCAGACCCUGAACUCCUCGCAGCUUGCCAAGAGGGAGCUGUACCGAGAGAUGGCCAAGGAACCGUCGAAGAGAUUCACAUACUCACAGAAUUACCUCUCGGCCAUGGUGGAGCCUCAGGACCCUGAGGAAGAGGAGAAGAAGGCGCAGGAGAAAUCUCGCCAGGCCUGGCUCACAGCCAGCGGGUUCCAAGUGACCGGUCUUCAGAACAGCACCAGAGGCCACCAAGACUUCAGACUGCCGCUUGCCAGGGAGCUGAAGGAGGAGUGGAUGGAGCGCGCGCUGUUUGCCAACGUGCUGAAGCCCACGCUGGACCGAGAGAGAUGGAGCUGGGACAGACGGCACCUGGACUUUGAGCUGUACAGAAAGCCCCCACCUUUCCUGGAGCCGCCCCCUCCACCGGCGCCGAAGCCUCUGACAGGGUGACGAGACAAAGAACCACACAUGCAAAGACUCAACCUGAUUAAUACACGCAGGAAGGAAAUUGGGCAGCACAUUCCUGUAUCCUUAAUUUUCACCUCUGUCUGUGUGAACCUGGCUCAGCUCUAGGAUAUGUUCCAGCAAGCACUUACAGACUCAAACCCUGGUCUCUCAGCUGACCCCCACUCCACUGAGGGGAAGGGAGGCUCCAGUGCCCAGAGAUGAACCAGGCAGGAGGACAGAGGAGCAAAACAAGCUCCUGGCUGCUGUGGCUCACUGUGCAAACCUUUAAGUCAGAGAACAGCUGGGAAAGGCCCCGAACAGUACAUCUCCAAACAACCGGCGACAGCCAGGGAUCCACCUGAUCCUUACCACACUACCAACCACCACCUCCCCUCGACCUCCAGACCCUCAGCUGCCCCUGGCUGGAGGCAGCCAGGGCAAAGGCUGGGGCACGGCCCCAGACAGUGAAGGCUGUUGAGCCCAGAGCCACAGUUUCCGGCAUCAGCUUCAGACCUACCCCAAGACAGCCCUUUCUGAUCAGCGGCCUUUUCUGGACAAACGCACACGUGAGGCAACGGCAGCGG